AGGAAGCUAUUCCAAAAGGAGACCGUAAUCUGAUUCUGAAUCGUCUUGCAGGCGCAGCGCGUUCACACAGAGCACGCUGCUUCGAAACCUCCGUCUGCUCCUUACUUUUUCAUCCUCCACUUUGUGCACUGCUAGAGCUCGCACCAUGCCUCCCACCUUCAAGCACCAAGGCAAUGAGGCUGUCACUAAGAACCUUCAGGAAGAACUGGAUGGAAUAUUACGUGAAAGGAUAAUGGUUCUGGAUGGGGGAAUGGGCACCAUGAUCCAGCAACAUGCCCUGUCAGAGGAGAGCUUCAGAGGGGCCGAGUUUGCAAAUCAUCCUAAAUCGCUGAAAGGAAACAACGAUAUACUAAGUAUUACUCAACCAGAGAUAGUUUACAAAAUCCACAAGGAAUAUUUGCUUUGUGGAGCUGAUAUCGUGGAAACGAACACAUUUAGCAGUACAAGCAUUGCUCAAGCAGACUACGGUCUUGAAUAUAUGGCAUAUCGUUUGAACAAAGUUUCAGCAGAAGUAGCCAGAAAAGCAGCAGAUGAUGUUACUGCUGAAACAGGCAUUAAGAGAUAUGUAGCAGGAGCCUUUGGGCCUACCAACAAAACAUUAUCUGUCUCCCCGUCUGUAGAAAAACCAGAUUAUCGAAAUAUAACCUUUGAUGAACUUGUGGAAGCUUAUACAGAGCAAGCAAGAGGACUUUUAGAUGGGGGAGCAGACAUCUUGCUGGUGGAAACAAUAUUUGAUACAGCCAAUGCUAAGGCCGCCCUUUUUGCUAUUCAGAAUUUGUUUGAAGAAGAAUAUGAAAAGAGACCCAUAUUUAUAUCAGGAACUAUUGUUGACAAAAGUGGACGGACACUUUCAGGUCAGACAGGAGAAGCUUUUGUGAUUAGUUUGUCACACACUGAACCACUCUGCAUUGGACUGAACUGUGCUUUGGGGGCUGUCGAAAUGAGGCCUUUCAUUGAAGUGAUUGGCAAAUGUACAACAUCUUACAUAAUCUGUUAUCCAAAUGCAGGUCUCCCUAACACAUUUGGUGGUUAUGAUGAAACACCGGAAGUGACAGCUAGUCAUAUAAAGGAGUUUGCCUUGGACGGUAUGGUGAAUAUUGUUGGUGGAUGUUGUGGAACUACUCCUGCACACAUUAGAGAGAUUGCAGAAGCUGUGAAGCACUGCAAACCAAGAGUACCCCCUGCAUCUGUAUUUGAUGGAUACAUGUUACUUGCCGGACUAGAACCCUUUAGGAUAGGACCCUACACAAACUUUGUGAACAUUGGAGAGCGAUGUAAUGUGGCAGGAUCUAGGGCAUUUGCCAAACUUAUUAUGGCUGGGAACUAUGAGGCGGCUUUAUCAAUUGCCAAGACCCAAGUAGAGAUGGGUGCCCAGGUUCUAGACAUCAAUAUGGAUGAUGGAAUGCUGGAUGGGCCUAGUGCCAUGGCUAAGUUUUGCAACUUUAUUGCUUCUGAACCAGAUAUUUCCAAGGUACCACUCUGUAUUGAUUCCUCAAAUUUUGCAGUGAUUGAGGCUGGCUUGAAGUGUUGUCAAGGCAAAUGUAUUGUAAAUAGCAUAAGUCUGAAAGAAGGAGAGGAGGACUUUCUGGCAAAAGCAAACACAAUUAAGAAAUUUGGAGCUGCAGUAGUUGUCAUGGCUUUUGAUGAAAUCGGACAGGCCACAGAUACAGAGACAAAGGUCAGUGUUUGUACAAGAGCAUAUAACCUCUUGGUUGAGAAGCUGAACUUCAACCCCAAUGACAUCAUAUUUGACCCAAAUAUCUUAACAAUUGGCACAGGAAUGGAAGAACAUGACAAAUAUGCCAUUCAUUUUAUCAACGCCACCAAAAUGAUAAAGGAGACCCUAAAAGGAGCUAAAAUCAGCGGGGGUCUUUCCAACCUUUCUUUCUCAUUUAGAGGAAUGGAAGUCAUUCGAGAAGCCAUGCAUGGAGUCUUUCUUUAUCAUGCCAUUAAGAUUGGCAUGGACAUGGGGAUAGUAAAUGCUGGGAACCUCCCUGUAUAUGAUGACAUUGACAAAGAGCUUCUCCAGCUGUGUGAAGAUCUUAUCUGGAACAAAGACCCAGAAGCUACUGAAAAGCUCCUAAAAUAUGCUCAGACAAAAGCUAAAGGAGGAAAAAAAGUUAUCCAGAGUGAUGAGUGGAGGAAUGGCACUGUCGAGGAAAGACUUGAAUAUGCACUUGUUAAGGGUAUUGACAAAUAUGUUGUAGAAGAUACAGAGGAAGCAAGAUUAAACAACAAAUUGUAUCCAAGGCCUCUCCAUAUUAUCGAAGGUCCUCUCAUGACUGGCAUGAAAGUAGUUGGAGAGCUGUUUGGUGCCGGAAAGAUGUUUUUGCCUCAGGUCAUAAAGUCAGCUCGAGUAAUGAAAAAGGCUGUGGGACAUCUCAUCCCAUAUAUGGAGAAGGAAAGGGAAGCAAUGAGAGCUCUAUCAGGCAGUGUGGAAGAAGAUAAUCCAUACCAAGGGACCAUUGUGCUAGCAACAGUUAAAGGGGAUGUUCAUGAUAUUGGCAAGAAUAUUGUUGGAGUGGUUCUGGGAUGCAAUAAUUUCAGGGUUAUUGAUUUGGGUGUAAUGACUCCAUGUGACAAAAUACUCAGAGCUGCAAUUGAAAACAAAGCAGACAUCAUUGGCUUGUCUGGUCUCAUUACGCCUUCUUUGGAUGAAAUGAUUUUUGUGGCCAAAGAAAUGGAGAGACUUGCAAUAAAGACGCCAUUGCUUAUUGGCGGUGCAACAACAUCACGAACGCACACAGCUGUGAAAAUAGCACCAAGAUAUAGCUCACCUGUAAUUCAUGUGCUGGAUGCAUCUAAAAGUGUGGUGGUUUGCUCUCAACUCCUUGAUGAAAAUGUUAGAGAUGACUUUUUAGAAGAAAUAACAGAAGAAUAUGAAGACAUUAGACAAGAUCAUUAUGAGUCAUUAAAGGAAAGAAGAUAUCUGACAUUAGAACAAGCACGGAAUAAAGGAUUUCACAUUGACUGGUCUUCUAAUCCGGCACCAACAAAACCUAAGUUUACAGGUACAAAGAUAUUCCGAAAUUAUGAUUUAGAAAAACUGUGCAAAUAUAUCGAUUGGAAACCCUUCUUUGAUGUGUGGCAACUCAGAGGAAAAUAUCCAAAUAGAGGAUUCCCAAAAAUCUUUAAUGACAAGACAGUGGGUGAAGAAGCUAAAAGAGUUUAUAAUGAUGCCCAAAAGCUGCUCCAGUCCCUGAUAAACCAGAAUAAGUUUGAAGCGCGCGGUAUUGUUGGCAUCUGGCCAGCUCAGACUGUGCAAGAUGAUAUUCUUUUAUAUGCUGAAGAAGCUCCUCGUCCUUACACUAAACCCAUUGCUACAUUUUAUGGUCUGCGGCAACAGGCAGAGAAGGACUCGUCAUCUACAGAUCCGUAUUACUGUCUGUCUGAUUUCAUAGCUCCCCUGGAGUCGGGGGUACAGGAUUAUUUAGGCAUUUUUGCUGUGGCAUGCUUUGGGGUAGAAGAAUUGAGCAAAGAAUAUGAAAGACAAGGGGAUGACUACAACAGUAUCAUGGUUAAAGCUUUGGGUGAUAGACUUGCAGAGGCGUUUGCAGAGGAGCUCCAUGAAAGAACGCGUAAGGAGCUGUGGGGAUACUGUAGUAGUGAAGAAAUGGAUGUGUCAGAUCUGCGUAAAAUACGAUACGAAGGCAUUCGCCCGGCUCCAGGGUAUCCCAGCCAGCCAGACCAUACAGAGAAAGUAACCAUGUGGAAACUAGCAGACAUUGAGGCAGCGACAGGAAACAGGUUAACAGAAUCUCUUGCCAUGUCUCCUGCUGCUGCAGUCUCUGGUCUGGUGUUCGCUAACCCAUCGUCAAAAUAUUUUGCUGUUGGAAAAAUUUCCAGAGAUCAGAUUGAAGAUUACUCCCUCAGGAAAAAAAUGUCUGUGGAAGAGUUUGAGAAAUGGUCUGGGCCCUAUUCUUAGUUUAUGACCCAGAG